GUGGUAACCCCAAUCGCACCUUUGAGUCAGCAGGCUGGAUACUACUGUUCAGUAUGUGAGUGUGUUGUUAAAGAUUCAGCCAACUAUUUGGAUCAUAUAAAUGGCAAGAAGCAUCAGAGAGCAUUGGGCAUGUCUAUGCGUGUUGAAAGGGCGUCACUCGAACAGGUUCAGAAACGGUUCGAGGCACUUAAGAAGAGGAAGGACCCAGCCAGCUUCAGUGAACAAGAUUUGGAUGAGAGAAUAUGGAAACAGCAGCAAGAGGAGGAGGAGAAGAAGCGUCAGCGCAGAGAAAAGAAGAAAGAAAAGAAGAAAGAGCAGGCUGGCCAGAAUGAACCUGAGGACAUUGACCCUGAUGUUGCUGCUAUGAUGGGCUUCGGCGGGUUCGGCACCUCUUCAAAGAAGUGAAAAUUGCUGCUUCAGGUGGCGCCAUUCCGUUGGUCUCUGGCUGCUGAAGACGUCGCCGUCGCUCUCUGCACCUGGGUCUCAGCAUAGGUCAGACACAGCUCUGAUGCAGUGUUGCGAUUAGUGUACUGGAGCUUGUUGCAACCGCUACCUGAUGAAUGUCAGCAAAACGAUACUUGAUGCCGGAACAAUUCAGCUUCUGUAAUCGGUGACCGGUGAUCUUUGAGAAAUGAGACGACUAAUUCGUCUAGAUGCUGCUGUAUCAUUUGAGGGGCAUUUUAUCUUUGAGAAAUGAGAUAACUAAUUCGUUUA